UGAUAGAUUUAUCCCCAUUGAGGUGACAGUGGCCAAUGAGGUAGAACUGGCGUCUGAUAUCUCACUAGUUCUGACACCAAUGAUCGCUCCGGAAAAUUUUAGGUCUCUACCAACUACCAGCCUAAAUGCAAGAGCAAACACUAGUAAGCUGAACGUUUCUAUUUAAUUCAAUCAUUAUUAUCACUCUGACAUUAGUUGAAGGCAGGAUAGAUUUCUUUACUACACCUAUCACACUUAAUUUUAUGGCUGGUGAGAUGAUUCUUUUGGCUGGAGAUGUACUGAUAUAUGAUGAUCUGAUUGACGAAGCCUUGGAGUAUUUUGUGGUUACUUUAACUUUUCAAGAUCCCGAUAAUAUACCACCAUUAGCUUCGAUUGAAAGCGAUGGUGGCAAUAUAAUUCGCAUCGACAUCAUAGAUGAUGAUGAUAUCUUUAUUGGAUUUGCUCUACCAAGUACAACAUAUCCAGAGGUAGAAGCCGAUCACCGAGUUCAAAUUAUCAAAGGAGCAGGCAAUGUAACUGAACAAAUCAUCAGCUUUGUGGUUAAUUUGUUCCAAACUGCUCCACCUGGACUUGGAAAUGCCAUUCCCUCAGCUGAUGGAGAGGACAAUGAUUUCUUUAUUAAAUCAUCAAGUGUCCUACAAAUAGGACCAAAGGAAAAUGAAACAUUUGUAACAGGUUUGACUAUAUUUGCGGACGAUUUGCCUGAGGUAACAGAAGCUGCUCAACUAAGACUAAGUCUACCCACUGAUGGAAUGUCCCCAGGGUUUGAGACCCUCCCCCAAUACUCUGAAUUCUUCAUCAUUAUUGAAGAUAAUGACCCAUUUCGCAUUGGCUUCGAGAACACCUCGUACAUAGUUAACGAAGGGAUUAGAAUGCUGGAAGUGUGUGUGAGAAUAUUUGAACCACUACAGAAUAAAAUUAAUCAUUAGGAAGAUUAACCGUCGAUCUUGGGGUUGAAACUGUACGAGGCUCAGCAGAUGGAAAUGACUAUACGGAAAUGACUGGAGCCCGUAAUGCCUUUUUUUUGUUCUUUAGCGAUACUAGUCGUCAGAGUUGCAUCAUGGUUGAGAUAGAAGAGGAUACUCGUUACGAAUUUCAAGAGCAGUUUUCUCUGCGG